AUGCAUUUUGGUGAUGGCAAAAGGAAAGUCGACUAUGUCCUUAUCUACCAUUACCGACAUCGGUCAACUCAACACAAUGGAUCCCCCACCAACCACCGGCCUCCAGCAGUUAUUGUUUCCAAUGGGAAUUCAGUGACUCCAGAAGAAAUAGGGAAGACACCUCCGGAACAGCCUCUUCCUGGGGAAUUACAUAAUCAGCAACAGAAGCCUGAAGGACAUGAUAAACAAAAACAACAGAACCAGGACCAUCAACCUGCUAGGAAUGGUAAUUCAUCAUGUCAUCCACACGAGGUAGUGGUGGUAGAGAUGAGCCACCAGGAUGCCCUAGAAGAAGAGAAGAGGUGUCAACGGGAGGAGUUUGAACGUAAUCUUAUAGAAGCUGGACUGGAAUUGGAAAAAGACACUGAGAACAAGAUUCAGGGUCUGAACUUCGUAAGGAUUCAUGCGCCAUGGCAGGUGUUAAGUCGUGAAGCAGAAUUCCUUAAAAUCAAAGUGCCCACAAAGAAGAUGUAUGAAGUAAAACAAGGAAGUGGCAUCAUGGUCAAAUUAAAUGCGAUAUGGAACAAAUGUACAAAGCCUUUACAGCCCAACGUGCCACAAAUAUUUGAAAACGCAAAGAUGAAACCUUUGUCUUAUCCGUUCUCCAGAGACAAAAUGCAUCUGUAUAAUAUUAAAGACAAAGACACAUUUUUUGACAAUGCAACGCGGAGUCGAAUAGUUCAUGAAAUUCUAAAGCGAACGUCUUGCACAAAGGCCAAAUACAGUAUGGGUAUUACCACUUUGAUAGCGAAUAAUGUCUACGAAUCUGCCUAUCCUUUGCAUGAUGGGGAUUAUGAUCACAAAACUAGUGAAGUGAAUGAAAGAAUGUUGUUACACAGAGAAUGGGCAAGAUAUGGAGCAUUUUACAAAUAUCAACCUAUUGAUCUAAUAAGAAAAUAUUUUGGAGAAAAAAUUGGACUGUAUUUUGCCUGGCUUGGGCUCUACACAUGGCUGCUAAUUCCUGCCUCUUUAGUUGGGAUAAUAGUUUUUCUAUAUGGAUGUAUAACCGUUGAUGGUGACAUUCCUAGCAAGGAAAUGUGCAGCGAGGACAAAAAUUUCACCAUGUGCCCACUAUGUGACAAGGCAUGCGACUACUGGUAUCUAAGCUCUGCUUGCAGUACAGCUCGUGCCAGCCACUUAUUUGACAAUCCAGCCACUGUCUUCUUUUCUGUUUUUAUGGCUCUUUGGGCUACCUUAUUCCUUGAACACUGGAAACGCUUGCAGAUGAGGUUAAGCUACUUUUGGGACCUUACAGGCUUAGAAGAAGAAGAAGAACGUAUAAAGGAGCAUCCAAGACCAGAAUACGAAACCAAGCUGCUUUUAAUGAAAGAGAAGUGCAAAGGGGAUGGCAGAAGAACAAAUAAGAAAGAAAAAUUGACAUGGAGAGACCGAAUUCCUGCCUAUUUGGUUAAUUUUGCAGCUGUUUUAUUUAUGAUUGCAUUAACAUUUUCAGCAGUGUUUGGAGUCAUCAUAUACCGCAUCACAAUUUCAGCAACCUUGGCAUUAAGCACAAACGAGAGUACGAGAGCAAACGUUCGUGUGACCGUGACAGCCACUGCCGUUAUCAUUAACUUAGUCGUAAUUCUUAUAUUAGAUGAAAUUUAUGGGUCUGUUGCAAAGUGGCUGACAGAAAUAGAGGUACCUAAAACUGAAAAAACCUUUGAAGAACGGUUGAUUCUCAAGGCAUUUCUCCUGAAGUUUGUAAACUCUUAUGCCUCAAUUUUCUAUGUUGCCUUUUUCAAAGGAAGGUUUGUUGGAAGACCUGGCAGCUAUAACUACAUUUUCAAUGACUACAGGGUGGAAGAGUGUGCUCCGGGAGGAUGUCUGAUGGAGCUCUGCAUUCAACUCAGUAUCAUCAUGUUGGGUAAACAACUGAUACAGAACAACUUGUUUGAGAUUGCAAUACCGAAAUUGAAGAAACUAUUCAGAAAGUUGAAGGAUGAAAGGACAGAUUCUCGGGAGAAUAAUUUGCACAAUUCUAGAGAACAUCAACAGUGGGUUCGUGACUACGCUCUGGAGCCUUUUACAGGACUAACACCGGAAUACAUGGAGAUGAUAAUCCAGUUUGGCUUUGUGACUCUGUUUGUGGCAUCUUUUCCUCUGGCUCCCCUCUUUGCCCUGCUCAAUAACAUUAUAGAGGUGAGGCUCGAUGCAAAAAAGUUUGUAGCGGAGUUAAGAAGACCAGAUGCCGUUCGCGCUAAAGAUAUAGGUAUUUGGUACAAUAUUUUGAGUGGAAUUGGAAAAUUUGCAGUCAUCAUAAAUGCGUUUGUAAUAUCUGUGACGUCAGACUUUAUUCCUCGUCUUGUGUAUCAGUAUAUGUACAGUUCGAACGGAACCAUGCACGGCUUCAUCAAUCACACCCUUUCAUACUUCAAUGUCAGCCAUCUGAAACCCGGAACCCAGCCAGAAAACUCGCAGUUUGUAGAGGAUGUUGUUUUUUGCAGAUAUAAAGAUUACCGAGAACCUCCGUGGUCUCUGGACCAAUAUGACUUUUCCAAGCAAUAUUGGACGGUUCUAGCUGUACGACUGGCAUUUGUUAUACUCUUUCAGAACCUGGUUAUGUUCUUGAGCGCGGUGGUGGACUGGUUAAUUCCCGACAUUCCCAAGGACAUCAGCGAGCAAAUCAAGAAAGAGAAGAGCUUGAUCGUGGACGUCUUCCUCAAAGAGGAACACAAAAAGCUCCAGCUCUUAGAGAACUUUAUUAUGCACGACAAACAGCGAGCAAAGACGGAGAACAAGGGGCGGCGGAGCCGAGCUGCAAGCUUCUGCCAGUUCAGCCGCAGCCAACGUGGCAGUUUCACAUCAUUCAGUUCACACCACACUGACGUGUGA